GCAGUUACAGUACUGAUGGCUUUUCUGAGACCAUUGAGGCUAGGCAGAGCAUAUGCACUGGCCUUUGCAGAAAGAGGAGCUUCUGUCGUUGUGAAUGAUCUUGGAGGUGACUUCAAGGGUCAUGGAAAGAGCUCCUCAGCUGCUGACAAGGUUGUUGAAGAAAUAAGAGCCAAAGGUGGAAAGGCAGUGGCUAAUUAUGAUUCAGUGGAAGCCGGUGAGAAGCUGGUGAAAACAGCACUUGAUGCAUUUGGGAGAAUAGAUAUUCUUGUCAAUAACGCUGGGAUACUGAGGGACCGCUCAUUUGCUAGGAUCAGUGAUGAAGACUGGGAUAUCAUUCACAAAGUUCAUCUGAGGGGGUCCUUCCUGGUAACUCGAGCAGCAUGGGAUCAUAUGAAGAAACAAAAUUUUGGAAGAAUAAUCAUGACUUCUUCAGCUGCUGGAAUAUAUGGCAACUUUGGUCAGGCAAACUACAGUGCUGCCAAACUUGGCCUUUUGGGUCUUGCAAACACACUUGCAAUUGAAGGGAGGAAGUAUAACAUCCAUUGUAACACCAUUGCUCCAACUGCGGGUUCAAGAUUGACACAGACUGUUAUGCCUCAGGAUAUGUUGGAUGCUUUUAAGCCAGAAUACGUGGCACCUCUGGUCCUUUGGCUUUGUCAUGAAAACUGUCAAGAGAAUAGUGGACUCUUUGAGGUCGGUGCUGGAUGGAUUGGAAAAUUACGCUGGGAACGAACUUUGGGGGCCAUUGUCAGACAGAAGAACCUUCCUAUGACACCAGAAGAUGUGCGAAAUAAUUGGGAAAAGAUAAGUAACUUUGAUAAUGCUGCACAUCCUCGAACUAUCCAAGAAUCAGUCAGUCUGCUGAAUGACGUGCUAAGUCAAAUAGAAUCUCAGGAUGUCUCCCCGAAUCCUACAAGCUACAGCACAUCAACAUCCUCCACAGGCUUCGACCCGGCAAAGUUUGUUGGCUACAAACUCGCUUCAGUUGCAUAUGAAUAUAGCCAUUUGCAGCCCAUCUUGUAUGCACUUGGUGUGGGCAUGUCAACAAAAGAUCCAGAUCAUCUGAAAUUCCUUUUUGAAGGAAAUGAAGAAUUUUGCUGUCUUCCUACCUUUGGAGUGAUCCCAGCUCAGUCCUCCAUGCUUGGCAGUGGUGGACUCGGCAGCAUUCCUGGCUUCAAUAUUGAUUUUACUAAGGUGUUACAUGGCGAGCAAUAUCUGGAGCUGUAUAAGCCAAUACCAACAUCAGGAAGAUUAACUUCAGAAGCCACUAUUGCUGACAUUCUUGAUAAAGGCUCGGGAUGUGUUAUACUUCUAGAUGUCCACACAUACUCUGGAAAGGAACUUCUGUGCUAUAAUCAGUUCACUGUCUUCGUUGUUGGGGCUGGAGGUUUUGGUGGGAAACGGUCAUCUGAGAAAGCUAAGGCUCCUGCAAAUCCACCCAAAAGACCACCAGAUGCUGUGAUCACUGAUGCCACUACAGUCGAUCAGGCUGCCUUGUAUCGACUUAGCGGGGAUUGGAAUCCUUUACACAUUGAACCUGGUUUUGCUGCCCUUGGAGGAUUUAAAAAGCCCAUAUUGCACGGACUUUGUUCCUUUGGAUUUGCUGCCAGACAUGUUUUGAAACACUUUGCAAACAAUGAUGUGACUAAAUUCAAGGCAAUUAAGAUUCGUUUUGCAAAGCCAGUCUUCCCUGGACAAACCCUGCAAACGGAGAUGUGGAAGGAAGGAAAUCGGAUUCAUAUUCAGACCAAGGUCAGAGAGACAGGGGACAUUGCAAUUUCAGGAGCGUAUGUGGAUCUGAACAUAUCCUCUGUCCAGCCUUCAACUCAGGAGCCCUCGGCUGAGGCAGCAGGAUUGCAGAGUGACCUUGUAUUUGAAGAAAUUGGUCGUCGCAUCAAAGAGGAUGGAAAUCAGAUGGUGAAGAAAGUAAAUGCUGUCUUUCAAUGGAACAUCACUAAGGACGGAAAGACUGCAGUGCAGAGGACCAUAGACUUGAAGAAUGGCUCUGGAGAGUUGUAUCGAGGUCCUGCCCGUGGAAAAGCGGACACCAUUUUCACCAUUUCGGAUGAAGACUUUUUGGGUUUGGUGCUAGGCAAGAUCAAUCCACAAAAGGCAUUCAUGUCUGGUAAGCUAAAAAUUAAAGGAAAUAUCAUGCUGAGCCAGAAGCUGGGGAUAUUGCUCCAACAGUAUGCAAAGCUGUGAAUUCUCUGCUGGAUAGAGCUGUCCUAGGAAGAAGAAAGAAGCCAUUUCUUUUUCAGAAUAACCUGAAACCUUAUGCAAAUCCUUUGUUAGAUAACUUCUGAUAGACUUUGUUGCUCAUAUGCAAGUUCUGUUGAUUCUUGCCAAUUCACAUAGCUGGUAUAGGUGCAAUGGGUUAAUAUGAUCUUGUCCUCAUUUUCUCUCUCUGUCUCCUUUUCUCUGCUUCAAAACUUCAUACAUUUAAUUUUUCAGACUUCCAAUUAAAACUAUACAGUUCGUGUCUUUCUAUAUGAAAUUGAAGUGUAAUUAAAUAAAACAUACUUUGAUAACA